GCUCGGCCCAGUAUGCGCGCAGCAUGGUGGCCGGCAGCGACGAUUGGCUCCGCUGGUUCCCAAAUGCCAGCCUCUUCAUCUUGGAGGGCAAUGUUCAGCAGAUUGGGAUGGAGACGAUCGCUGCCAAGGCAGACCUAUCCUGGGAGAGCCUGUUCCCCAACAAGGAGGCCCGGCGCUUCGGCCUGGGUUUGUACAACCCCUCCCUGGCGGCAGCGGAGGGCGGCCUGCUGGCGGUCUUCCGGGCCUCCAACUGGCAGUACUGCCCGCACUCGGGCUGGGAUGGCAACUGGUCGCAUGUGCCUCAUCACAAGGUGCAGGCCCAGCAGUACAACAGGCCCAUGGUUGCGCUGCUCACAGAGGAUUUGCAAGUCCUGGAGGCCGCCGCCGUGGACUUCCCCAAGCCCCGCUUCUCCGCGCGCUUCCAGGAGGUCCAAGGAGGGCAGGUGCUUGCAGAGCGCGCCAUAGAGGGGCCGGAGGAUUUGAGAGUCUAUCGUGCAGAAGACGAGUAUUGGAUUUCGUUCAGCUUCCGCACCGCCUUCCUGGCGCGGCUGGGGCUGCGCCUGUGUCGGGGAGCUGCCGGCUGCCGCACUGCUGCAUGGAUUGAUGAAGAGUCUGUGCUGGAGCUGACGCCGCAGGCCUUGACGCGGAAGGAGCAUCGGCAGCAGCAAGCCUUCAAGAACUUGAACAUCGCGCGGCUGUCGCAGGGGGCUGCUUUGGUGGAGUUCUCCGUGAAUCCCCGCGUGCUGCUCCAGGUGGACCUAGUGUCCGGGCUUUGGCUGGAGGUGGCGUCCAGCGAGACACCCAGCAUGCCCCUGCUGCCCAGCUCGCAGUAUUUCUACCGCGGAGGAUUUUGCUGCGUGCCCCUCGAUUGGCGAGGCUCGCAGGUAUCCCUGGGCGUUGCUCAUAUCAAGUUCAAUCGCUACGUCUUCUUGCACCGCUUCUAUGUCGCCAGUGAGAAGCCGCCAUAUGAGGUGCUCGCCAUCUCCCCGGAGCUCUGCUUCCAUUUCUUGGGCGCAGGCCAGGCCUGGCAGAGCUCACUGGGGCCCGGCUGCGAGACCUUGCAGUUUGUCUCAGGAAUGGUUCUACUGCCCCAGGACACUUCCGGCACUCUUCUUUUGAGUGUUGGAGUCAGUGACUGCGAGUCUUCCUUUGUGUCCCUGGAGCUGGAAGUGGUGCUGGCGCUGUUGUCUCCGGUACCGAGCCGCAGGCACUCUCAGGGGGUUGAGGUCACAGCCAUGCCAGAGGUGCCGCCGACUACACGCCCUGCACGCGCACUGGCUUUGCUGUUGGACGCGCGGGCUGCCGCAACCUCCCGCUACAAGAAGGCCAUUCAGCGGCUGGAAGCUCUUUGGACGAAGCGCCUUGCUGUGCCAGAGGGCAGAUGA